ACUCCUGACCAGAGGCGAUCCUCCUGCCUCCGCCUCCCAAAGUGCUGGGAUUUCAGGUGUGACCCACCGCGGCUGGCCCAUUUGUGAUUGUUUAAUAGUGAGCUGUGGGUCCUAUAUCAAUGUAAACAUGGUUUGUUUUUUUUCCACUCUGUAGUAUUUAAAACCAAAGGUACUGCUCCAAAAUUAGUUACUUUUAUAAUCUAUUUUGAUAAAGAUUCUUCAGAGAGCUGAUGAUACCAGCGCAGAAAAUGAGACUUUUUUUUCAGAUUAUACCUUCUAGUUUCAAUAGUUUUUGGUUUUGCCCUUUCCCCACAUUGACUGCCUUUUUGUAGCCUUAGAGGUACUCUUGCUUGCGUUGACACAAUUUUCCCUCUUGUGGACAGCUUGGAGGCUGGUGUCCUGGGGCCAGACACAUCAACAUCUGAGUGUGGUCCCAUGUCAUGGCCUGAGUCAAGCCCUGAGCCAGCGUUCUCAUUUAAAAGACUUUCAUUUUAGUUUUUACAGAUGGUAAUGAGCAAGGGAUUGUGUGUUUAGCAUGCUUCUUCUUAUUUUGUAUUUUCUUGUGUCUCCAAUGAGCCUACUCCUUGGGAGCUGGGUCUGCCACUGUCUCUAAAUGUCAUUGGUAAAUUUUACUGUUAGUAACCGAAUGCAGCGUAGUCGCUGUUUUAUACCAUGGGUGACGGGGCCGCUGUCCAGGGAUCAAAGGUUCCUCAUGUCCCACUCAUUCACCCUUUCUCUUCCCAAACCACAUUUCUGGGCCCCAGGGCCAUUCUAGCAAACCCCUCAGCUGGCACCAAUUGUAUGAGAAAAACUCACACUUUUUUUUUUUUAAUUCUCUCACUCAACAGUCAACACAGCAGACUUCUGUGCCCAAAUGUGUGGGGGUUUCUCCCCACCAACAAGUAAUCAGUUCCGCAGGUGACACCAGCUGGGGGUCUGCCAAUCCAAUCUAAUUCUGAAGCUGUCUACCUGGAGACAGCAGCAGAUCCCACAGGUUGAGGGCUCAGUCGCACAAGAUGUCCCCCCCUUCAAACAGCACUGGGCAGUCUGGGCCUCCAGAACUCCGACCAGCUGACUUCCAGUCAGGGUACCCACAGCCCCAUCUUUAGGCUCGAUUAAUUUAUUGGAGUGGCAAACAAAAUUCAGAGAUGCAGGUUUACCGGUUUAUUAUGAAAAAUAUUUUAAAAGAUACAAAGAAACAUGUAGACAAAGAGAUUACAGUGAAAUCUGGAAGGAUCCCCGGGGUGGAACUGGGCCACACCUCCCACCCCCAAGCAUGGGGCGUGUAUGGGGCUUUCUCCGAUUCCUGGGUGUGUAUUUAGGUGCUUUUGAAUACCCUGAUUUCUGCAGGAAAUUUUCUUUCCAGCUUCUCCCAGGCUUUAGGUGUUGUGUCGCAUGCCUCAACCAUCAUCUGUUGUCCCCGCUGGCGGCACGCUUUUCAUUUAUUUUACAAUAUUUUCAAGCAAUUCCUGCUAGUUUUUCACUCUGAUUGGAUUAGCAAAACAGGGAAGAGUAUUUUUUCAGCCCCUGCCUAGCACCGCGUUCUAGAAUGGGUUUGGCUCCUUCUAGUCACGUGUCUUAGCUCUUCCCAAGCCUCAGGGGGCGGAGCCUGGAGCUGCAUCACAAUAGGGGGCUGGGGCGGGUUGAGCUUAUCAUCCAAUCAGGUGUGACUGGGAGCCAGUCCUUUGAUGCUCAGCCUCACUUGGGGGGGGGAAUCCCCACUCGGUGUGUGGGGGUCGUGCAUGGGAGGGGCUGUGGUCUGUGGGGUUCCCAGUCCCUCCCUCUCCUUUUAAAAAUUAUAGCUCACUGUAACCUCAAAUUCCUGGGCUCAAUCAAUCCUCCUGCCUCAGCCUCCUGAGUAGCUGGGACUACAGGACUCAGUGGCCUUUGAGGAAGUGGCUGUGAGCUUCACACAGGAGGAGUGGGCUUUGCUAGAGCCUUCCCAGAAGAAUCUCUACAGAGAUGUGAUGCGGGAAACCAUCAGGAACCUGUCCUCUAUAGGAAAAAAAUGGAAAAACCAGAACAUUGAAGAUCACUACAAACACCAAGGGAGAAAUCUAAGAAGUCAUACAGUGGAGAGACAGUGUCAAAGUAAAGAAGACAGUCAGUGUGGAGGAAUUUUUAGCCAGAUUCCAAAUCAUAAACCAAGCAAGAAAUCUCCUAAAGUAAAACCAUGUGAAAGCAGUGUGUGUGGAGAAGUCAGCAUGGGUCAGUCAUCCCUUAAUAGGCACAUCAGAGAUCACCCUGAACAUGAACCAAAUGAAUAUCAGGAAUAUGGAGAGAAGCCACAUACACGUGACCAGCGUUGGAAAGCCUUUGGCCCCCACCACUCCUUUCGAACACCUGAAAUUAUCCACACUGGAGAGAAACUCUAUGAUUGUAAGGAAUGUGGGAAAACUUUCUUUUCUCUCAAAAGAAUUAGAAGACACAUGAUAACACACAGUGGAUAUAUACCAUAUAAAUGUAAAGUGUGUGGGAAAGCCUUUGAUUAUCCGAGUAGAUUUCGAACACAUGAACGAAGUCACACUGGAGAGAAACCCUAUGAAUGUAAGGAAUGCGGGAAAGCCUUCACUUGUAUCACCAGUGUUCGAAGACACAUGGUAAAGCAUACUGGAGAUGGACCUUAUAAAUGUAAGGUGUGUGGGAAACCCUUUCAUUCUCUGAGCUCAUUUCAAGUACAUGAAAGAACCCACACUGGAGAGAAACCGUAUAAAUGUAAGCAAUGUAAUAAAGCUUUUGUUUCUUCCCCAUCUUUACGAAUACAUGAAAGAACUCAUACUGGAGAAAAACCUUAUGCAUGUAAGCAGUGUGGGAAAGCCUUCAGUUAUCUCCCCUCCCUUCGAUUACAUGAAAGGAUUCACACUGGAGAGAAACCCUUUGAAUGCAAACAGUGUGGUAAAGCCUUUAGAUCUAUCAGUACCUUUCGAAUACAUGAAAGGACUCACACUGGAGAAAAACCCUAUGAAUGUAAGGAAUGUGGGGAAGCCUUCAGUUGUAUCCCAAGUUUUCGAAGACACAUGAUAAAGCACACGGGAGAGGGACCUUAUAAAUGCAAGGUAUGUGGGAAACCAUUUCAUUCUGUGAGUCCAUUUCGAAUACACGAAAGAAGUCACACUGGAGAGAAACCCUAUGAAUGUAAACAUUGUGGUAAAGCUUUUGUUUCAUCCACGUCUAUUCGAAUACAUGAAAGAAUUCAUACUGGAGAGAAACCCUAUCAAUGUCAGCAGUGUGGGAAAGCCUUCAGUUAUCUCAACUCCUUUCGAACACAUGAAAUGAUUCACACUGGUGAGAAGCCCUUUGAAUGUAAACAGUGUGGUAAAGCCUUUAGAUCUUCCAGUUCCUUUCGAAUGCAUGAAAGGACUCACACUAGACAGAAACCCUAUGAAUGUAAGGAAUGUGGAAAAGGCUACUUUUGCCAUGCAAGCUUUCAAAAACAUAUGAUGACACACUGGAGGUGGACCUUAUAAAUGUAUGUGGGAAAUUUGAUGUUCCAAAUUCAUGGGAAAUACAUAAAAGUACUUACACUAAAGAGAAAAAACAUUUUGAAUGUAAGCAGUAUGGGAAAGCAUUAAAUUGUGUCAGUGCCUUUUGAAUACAUGAAAAAAAUCAUACUGGAAAGAAGCCAUUUAAAUGUGAUUAGUGUGGGAAAACCUUCAGUUAUCGCCACUGCUUUUGAAUACAUGACAGCACUUACUGGAGAGAAACCAUAUAAAUGUAAACAGUGUGGGAAAUCUUUUAGGUCCUUUUAAUUUUGAAUAUAAGAAAGAAGUCAACUGGAGAGAAAAACCUAUGGACUAUAAGGACUAUGGGAAAGUAUUCUACUGUUGCAGUUACCUUCAAAGACAUAAAGAGCUCACACUGGGGAAAAAACCUGGAGUGGACAACAUGUGGUAAAGUCUUCACUGGCUUCACUUAAUAUCUAACAUGUGAAAGAACUCACACUAGAAAGAAAUACUAUAAAUAUAAGAAAUGUGGUAAAAGCUUCAGUUGUUCUAGUUCCUUUCAAGUACAUGAAAGAACUCACCAUGGAGAAAAAGCAAAUACUUGUGAAAGGAACUCAUAUUCAAGAGAAAUCCUAUGUAAAGAAUAUGGGAAAGGUUUUAUCAUCAUGUGGUCUUUCUAUCACAUAUAAGACUGCAUAGCAGAGAGAACCUCUGUAAAUGUAAGGAGUGUGGGAAAGCCUUUAGUCAUUUUAGCUCAAUUUGAAGCCAUGAAAGAACACAUAGAAGAGGAAAAGCUCUUGAAUAUAAGCAACAUCCCAAAGUCUUUAGUGAGCCCACAUGCUUACAACAGUAUGUAAGAAUGCACACUGGAUCAAAACCCUCUAAAUGUGAAGAACGCAGGAAGGUUUUCAAUUUUAACAAAUACUCUCAAUGUCAUUUGAAAACGCCUAAUGUAGCAAAAUCUUAUAAUAUGAAAAGCCUCAUGCACACCAAUUCAUUUAUAAUACUCUAGAAAUUAUACAACCUUAAAGAAAUGUAGAAGUAAUAGAUGGUGUUCAUUAGUGGCUCAUACUUAAAAUAGUUCUGGACUAUGGAUAUUUAAUUCUUACUCUCACAAAGAAACAUUUAGUUCAUAUAAUUCUGUAAGUAAUCUUAAAGCAUUGUGCAUGAGUUUAAUAGGAAGUGUUGUUUUAGGUCAGUUAAUACAAUUUUUGUCUUUCCAUUUUGAAGUGUGUUUAAUCCAUGUGUGAAUUUAAUGUUAUUUCUGAUAUUCAGGUACAUCGAAUUUUUACAUGGUUGUUUAAUUGUUCUGUGAUUGAGGGCCAUUGAAAAAUAAGUCCUUGUUAAUAAAUGUUGGCAUAUACCUACUGGCCUCAUUUAGCAAGUUCAUGAUUUUUUUUUUUACCUAUUAUAUAUAUUCCAGUUUUAUGGGAACAACUAUUUCCACCACCACCCUUUGGCACAAUGAAGUUAAUUCCAUUUUCCUUCCUAAUAAAGAGCUGGCUUCUAUUUAUAUGUAUGUAAAGUUUAUCAUAGACCGUAGUCUCAUGAAAAGUAUUAUUUUCAUCUGUUACUGUUUACUCUUUGUAAUUUAUUCUGGCUGUUAUUUGUAUAACUGAUUUUGGGAUGAGGAGAGAGCUGUGAUAGGACAAUAAAAUCUAGAAUUGGGAGAUGCCAUUCAUGGAUUGUGGUAUGUCAAUGUGGGUGAUAUUGGGAACUAGACUUUUCAGAAUUCGUUUCUUUUAUGAUUCUACAUUAGACUGCAUCAAUAGUCUAACUUCCAGGAAAGUUGGAAGGCAGAAGUAAAGAAGGUAUUAGUCAGAUUUUGGAGGCAUCAUAUAGGCAGACAGAUUCAUAUGGGCUGUGUGGACAUGUUCAUGUAGCUCAUUCUCCUGAUUCUUUGUUAUGCCAAUCAGGAGUGUCUUUUAAAUCACCAUCUACUUCUCCAUGUUCUCAGGUGUAGGUUUCUAUAGUUGUCUCUACAAGGUCCAUAUCAAAAUUCCAACUGCCAUUUGGAUUUUUUUGAAAGCUAUAAUGGGUCCACCAAGUAACCAAUUUGGAUUCUCAUGGUUGGGAAUAUCCUGAUGAUCUGACAUGGCUCUUCUCUUAAUUAUGUUCAUAUAACAUCCAAUUUGUAUAUAAACACCUUUGCUCAUAUGGAUAGUAACUGUUAAUGAUUCAGGAUGAGAGAUACAAUGGUACCAUCAAAAAAAGAAAGAAAAACAGCUAUAUGGAGCUUGUUCCCCUAAUGCACUGUGCAGUGAUGGUUUCAUCCAAUCCUUUUAUGUGAGAAUAAGCACCAUAUACAUUUCAGGAAGACUGUGGGUGUUUUACUUUUAACUCAAAGCUGAAUGUUAUCUCUUAUUUAAUUUAAUUAAUUUAUUUAGAGUCUUGCUCUGUCAC